AUGGGUUACGGAGGCGCUUUGACACUGGUAAAUGGCUCGCCCUUUGAAUGGACGCUGAGCGGCCAAUCCUCAUACCAGAUGGAUACAUGGAAGUGGCCAAACAUUGCUGCGGGAAAAGCGGCCAGAGUCUACGUAGAGUUUGGAACGAAAUGGUUUGCAAAGGACGAUGCCGGCGAAGCAUACUACGACAUCGCCGGAACCCCAGACAAGUUCUUGGUACUUGGAAAGAAGCCCAAAGAUUAUGAGCUCACCAUCACUUUGACUGAUAUGGCGACCAAGCAGAGCCCCAAAGGAGCAAGAGUUGGGCUGGGCUUCCGCCACGAUGCAGCUGUCAACUGGAUUAUGUCUAGAGACGAAACUGGACAGUGGUGGUCGAAUAGCGGGACGUAUAUUGACUGGAUGCAGCAAAGUAUGGGCUCUUUGGCGAACAGAACGUUGAAGCAUAUCUGCAUGCCUGGUAGCCACGAUGCCGGGAUGGGCACAUUUAGAUCUGGAACAAUUGGAGCACACCUCGCCAAUACUCAAACCCAGUACCUGGACUUCAAGGGGCAGCUCCUGGCCGGAUCUCGCUACUUUGAUCUUCGACCGGUCAUCUCGAAUGGAGAGUGGGUCGCUGGGCAUUACAGCGGACUGAAGGUUGGCGAUGACGAUGUGUGGGUUGGGGGAAACGGACAAUCGGUGGACGAUGUUAUCAAACAGAUCAACGACUUCACCGCUGAGUUUCGAGAGCUUGUCAUCAUUAACCUUAGCCACACUCUCGACACGGACCACGAUUACAAGGACCUGAGUCAAGACCAAUGGAACUCCCUCUUUGACAAGCUCAAGGGGAUUAACAACCGCUACACAGUUGAUGAACCAGGAGACACCGACUUCUCUAACAAAGUGCUUGGCGACUUCAUCACAGACCGCGCAUCCGUUUUCAUUGUCGCACAGCUCCCUUCAGGCAUCAAUCUCGGUGCUUAUGCGAAAACAGGAUUCUUCGCCGGCAAGAACUUUCCUUUCUACGACGCCUACAGCAACAGCAACAAUCUGAACUCGAUGAAAGAUGACCAACUCAAAAAGCUACAUGAUGAGCGCAACGUUGUGGCUGAUCCCUCAUCUCGGAGAGACAAGUUCCACAUCCUUUCAUGGACGCUCACUCAACAGCCCGAAGACGUCUUGAAUCUCGAUCGAGCGAUCUUGAACUUGAACGCGGCAGCGUUUGAUGCUCUGGUGGAGAAGGCGUGGAAUGCCUUCACGCCAGAGAGCUUCCCAAAUGUGCUAUUUGUGGAUGCAUUAGGGAUUAGGGAUAAGAGUGUUAUAUUUCCUUUUGAUAAGCCAAGGCAGGUGCCGUUGAUCAACGACAUUGUGGCUUUGGCAAUUGCGGUGAAUAACGGGAUGGCAGGAAGAAACAAGGUCGUCACCGAGAGGUGA